GUCCUCUCCUCGCUCGCUCACUCCCACCCUUCUCCCCCUCCCCCAUGGAGCGAGUGAGCAGAAAGAGAGAGGGGAUCCCGACGAUCGAGAGAGAAGAUUCCGGCUCCGUGAGGUGGGCGGCGACCGCGAUGGCACAAUACCCCUUCACCCCCACCCCAGCGCCCCCCUCCCCCAACACUCCUCACUGUCUUCUCCCCCUUUUUGUCGCCGGAUCUGAAGAAGGGCCGCCGGCGUCGACCUACCAUCGUCGCCGAGGUUGGGGGGCGAGGUCGGGUCUCGUUGUCCCUGCAUCGAGCGUGCGCAGCUCCGCCUCGAUUCGGCACCGCGUCGCGGACGAGGAGCCAACGGAGCAGGGGAUGCUUCUGGCAGAGCAGGCCACGGGCGCCGGCGGCGUCAACCCUUGUGACCAGGCAACGGCAAGGGCGCCAAUCCCAUCCAACCAACCUCCGCAUCCAACACGGGGUCGGCAGCGGCGGGGGUGGCGCAGCGCGCAUCGACGACGAUGUGGAGAUGCGCGCGGUGGAUUGCUCGAGGGCGUGGAAGUGCACGGUGUGCCUGCCAUCUUAACCUCCCCCGCGCAGCCGUUCCCAUGGCUGGUGGCAGCGGAGCCGAGGAGGGCCACUGCAGAGAGGAGUUCCACCGACGAAAGGAUGGCGUCGCGCGUGUGAGGCGGGCCGGCGCAGUGGAGGCGGGCUCACCACCGGUGCUGUCCUCUAGUUCCUGCGGUCGUCCUGCUUCCCUGGGCUCCCCCGUGCUCACCAGCACGUCCCCAAGAUCCCGUGCCGGAAGGGGGCUGCGGCGGCUAGGUCAUCGAGGCACCGAUGUAAGGGGAGGCGAUAGCCACGGCACGGACGACAGAGCAUGCGACGACGUCUCUGUCGUGGGGGUGGGCCGGCGGGCGGAGGUCACCACCGCUAUCUCCGGGCUGGCUCUCUCCGGGCGCGGGGGCCUCGAGAAGGCGGGGCGCUUCCAGAUGCGGCGGGUGCUAAUGGGCCCGGCUGUGGGCGCGCAGGUGUCUGCCGCGAGUUUUGCAUCCUUCUCGCCGGCGGCCGCUUCCAGAUGCGGCGGAUGCUGAUGCGCCCGGGCAGUGGCAGCUGGUGGUCGAGCCGCACGCUCGAGACGAGCUCCCAUGGCUCGUGGCGCUGCUGUGCGCUGCCGUCUAGCGUAGCACGCGCCCAAGCUGGAGCGAUUCUUAUGCGUCGCUUUUCUAUGGCGAGCUCCACCAUUGCAUGUAUGGGCCAGCACAUACGGUACGUUUGCCAUCUCUCCUAUGGCUUUUCUAGUAUGUCUCUACCAUUUUUGCUUGAUGGUUUGUGCAGUGUGUUGAGGAAUAUGAUGAUUUUUGCUCUUAAUUUUUGAAGAGGCAAGUUAGUUCAGGUGGCACAUUUACCCUCAUCCCGAUGGUAUAGUUGCCAUGGCAAAUUUACCUUUGAGCUAACUAGAGUGUUUGUCAUGUGAAAAAAAGUUACAGAUUUGCCUUGGCUAACUAGAGUGUUGGCCAUGGAAAAAAAAAAUAACCGAUUUGCCAUGACAAAAUUUAGAACAAUUUUGCCAUGGAAAAAUGUUUAACAAUUUUUCCACGGAUAAAAAUAGCACAAAGAAAUGAUGGAAAAUAAUUCCAUGGCAAAAACACAUUCAAAUUUGCCGUGUUAUUUUUUAUCAAAAUGCCAAACCUUUUAGUUUUUAGUUGCCAUGGCAACUCAACUUUUUAGUUUUGCCAUGAUGUGUUGCCGCGGAACUAACAAAAGGUUCGUGUUGCCAUGUAAAUAUAUGAUGUGUUGCCAUGUUUUUUCUUUGCGACAUGGCAAUUUGUUCUAUGAGAGCAUGGCAAAUGUAGUUUAAUAUGUUGUCAUGUUCACGGCGAUUUUUGUGUUGUUUCACAUACACGGCAUCUUAAUACCAAAGAAGAUGUCAAGUCUUGGUUAAACACCAUGGCAAGUUUGAACAUGCUUUUUGCCAUCGCAAUUUUUGAUCAUUUUUUGUAUAAUUUCACAUUCGUGGCAACUUUUUUUUACAUAAGCAUGGCAAAUUUGAUUAAAAAACCCACAAAAAAAUUGAAUAUGCAUUUUGCCAUGGCAUUCGAAUAUACAUUUUUUCCAUGGCAAAUUUGACAAUUUCUUGUGUUAUUUCCAUUACAUGGCAAAUUAAUGACACCAAAUAUGGAAAAAUUUGGUAAAAUACCAUGGCAAAUUUGAACAUUCCCUUGCCAAGGCAACUAUUCAUCAUUUUUGUAAUAUUUCACAAUAUUGCAAAUUUAUUUAUAUUAGCAUCGCAAAUUUCAUAAAAAAAUCCAUGGCAUAUUAGAAUAUGCAUUGCCAUGGCAAUUUUUAUCUUCUUUUCGUGUUGUUUCACAUACACGGCAAUUUAAUUACACAAAGAUGGCAAGUUUUGAUAAAAUACCAUGGCCAGUUUUGAACAUGCUUUUGCCAUGACAAUUUUUUAUUUAUUUUUUAUUAUUUCACAAUCAUGGCAAUUUUGGUAAAAUACCAUGGCAAUUUUGAGCAUGCUUUUACCAUGGCAACUAUUGAUCAUUUUUGUAUUUUUUUCACAUUCAUGGUAAUUUUUUUAUAUUAGCAUGGCAAACUUGAUUACAUAUUCCACGGCAAAUUAGAAUACGCUAUUUGCCAUUGCAUUUUUGAUCUUUCUUUUCGUGUUGUUUUAUAUACACGGCAAUUUAAUUACACAAAGAUGGCAAGUUUUGAUAAAAUACCAUGGAACAUGUUUUUGCCAUGGCAAUUUUUGAUAUCUUUUAUUAUUAUUUCACAAUCAUAGCAAAUAGAUCAUAUAUAAGAAUGGCAAUUUUGACAAAAAUCCCACGGUAAAUUUGUAUAUGCAUUUGCCAUGGCAAUUUUAAUCUUUUUUUGUGUUGUUUGAUUGGCACGGAAAAACAUACACAAAUUUUUUAAUCCAUUUUUUUUCUGCCCCCAUGAUACAGAUGCAAAUUGCCAUGAACUUUUCCUUUUUAGUUCAUUGUUUUAAUAUAAAAAAGAUCUUUUGACCAUGGCAAAUUUUGCUUGUAGGUACGACGACAUUUUUUCGGUUUGAACCAUUGGGAUUUUUUAGUACUAGUUUGUUUGUCACUCUUAUCUGUUAUGGCAAAUUCAUCUUUCCGUUUUAUAGGAUGGUAAAUCUGGGCUUUAUUAUCACAACAAAACUGUGUUUUUAUUUUUUUAUCAUGCCAUGAAAGUCUAUGCAUUUUUUAGUCUAUGUAUCAUGAUAUAUAGAACAUUUUUCAACAAAAUUGCCAUGGCCCAUGGCAAAUAUAGCCUAUGCAUCAUGGAACUUAUACUCUAUGGAUGAUGAUCUAUUGAACAUUUUAGUUCAUGUCAUUUUUCGAAACAUAUUUUCUUUCUUCCAUGACAAUUUAAUAUGUUUUGGUAAACCCUGCCAUUUUUGUAAAAAAUAACAUGAUGGCAAGUCGUAAAUGUAGUGGCAACUUUUCUAGAAAUUCAAAUGGUUUUUUCUACUUUUAAAGUUAUUGGAUGGCAUCGUAGGCUUUUUUGGUCGCAGAAAAAAAAAAUAUGGACUUCUUAUUCUUUACUAAGAUUGUAGGGCCCAAUAUAGAGAAGGCCUGUAGGGCCGAUACGAUGGACGUUCGGGGUGGUGGCAGCGAUCGCACUGCAUGAAAUCGUGCGGGCGGGGAAAGCGAUCGUCCCGAGCGAUUUGUUCGGUCCAGCUGCCUUCCUGCCACACGUGUGGGCAGUUUCAGUGUUCGCCCACACAACGUCGUGUGGGCUGCCUGCGUGUAUGCCACAUAGGGUCGUGUGGACGGGUGAUCAUUAUGCCACACGUGUGGCACUUAUUGGCGUCCUAAAUUUAAGGGUUUACUCCGCUUUAUUAUUUUUGGUCGGUUAAAGUUGUCCUGAGUAACGCGCGCAAUGAGACGAAAGCAAGUCCGUGUCGCCCGCGAAGUCGGACUCCUAUUCCGAAAUUGGUUGGCUUCUGCUUGCCGGCCAAUUACUGCCACAGGUCCGUCGAGUCCUCAUUUAUUAUUCUAUACACACUAAUUAACUAUCCCCGCUUCGUUGAUAGAUCUUGCGGCGUGUUUCCUUUCGAGAUUAGAUUUUGCUGCUUGCGGAAGCGGAACCAAUGGCAAUAAUGGCCGACGAGUGCAUGGAGCACGCCCUGACCUUCGCCAUCGACAGCAGCACGGCGGCCCAGCACUGGCUCGUCCCGCUUCCAUCCCAGCACCAGGACGCGGCAACAUUGCAGCAGCAGCAGCAGCUUGGAUCCGUCGGAUACGACGCCGACGCGGCAGAGGAGCUCGGCCGAUCGGUCCUGCUCGUCGCGGAGGCCCUCUUCCUCCGCGGCGUCCUCGGCGACGACGAUCUCCUACGGGUCCUGUCGGCCAUGCCCAAUCCCGGCGACGCCUACCGCGACGGCGGUUUCGGAGGAGUCCCUGCGUCAGCAUCGGCGGUGGCCGGCCUGGAGAAGCGUGUUUAUUGUCGCGGGGGAGGCCAGGGCGGUCCUAGCACGACGGACACGGGCUGCGUCAUCUGCUUGGAGGACUUCGUGGCAGGUGACGAGAUCGCGUGAUGCCGUGCUCGCAGAAGCACAGCUUUCACCGGGGUUGCAUCGCCGAGUGGCUGGGACGCAGCAACGCCUGCCCCCUCUGCCGCCACGCCCUGCCCUCCUACUCCUAGCAUAGCAUAGUGACUUAGGGCCACUUCUUUACGGUCCAUUCUAGAGAAUCACGGUCCUAGAAAUCAAAAUCAUAAAAGAACUCGUUUCUUCCCCGUGAAUUAGCGGAGAAUAAUCAGAACCAGUAGUGUAUUUGAGGAGGAUCUGUCCAUGUCACAUCUAGAUAUGACACAGGUAUGUCACAUUUAAGUUGUGACAUCAGCGACACCUCACCAUAAUAGAUGCAAGCCCAUGACUGUCAUUUUGUUUUGUUUGUAUUUUUAUUUGUCAAAUGUCAUGCAUACGUUAAUGUCAUAAUGAGAAAUAUCAUCUA